UUUCUAGCAAGACGUCUAAUGACCUUGCCCUGACAUUGCCGCAGACAGCAAUUGCGGUGGAGAGAAUUUGCGGCAUAAUCAGCAGUCAUAUUCAGGACAUUGCUAGCACGCUCAAAAAAACUCUUAAAAAUGGCUUUUAACAAACUAAGCAUCGAAAGUUUGGAAUUAGAUGGAAAGCGGGUGCUGAUGCGAGUGGACUUUAAUGUUCCCAUCAAGGAGGGCAAGAUCACCAGCAACCAGCGCAUUGUGGCUGCUCUGGACAGCAUAAAGUUGGCCCUGUCAAAGAAGGCCAAGUCCGUAGUGCUAAUCUCCCACCUGGGUCGUCCGGAUGGCAACAAAAACACCAAAUAUACUCUGGCUCCCGUCGCUGAGGAGCUAAAAACUCUGCUGGGCCAGAACGUAACGUUCCUGAACGAUUGUGUGGGCAAUGAGGUGGAGGCUGCCUGUAAGGAUCCCGCUCCUGGCUCUGUUAUCCUUUUGGAGAACGUCCGCUUUUAUGUUGAAGAGGAGGGAAAGGGCGUCGAUGCCAGCGGGGCUAAAGUAAAGGCCGAUCCUGCCAAGGUGAAGGAGUUUCGCGCCAGCCUUGCCAAGUUGGGCGAUGUCUACGUGAAUGAUGCCUUUGGCACGGCCCACCGUGCCCACAGUUCCAUGAUGGGCGAUGGUUAUGAAAAGCGAGCUGCAGGUCUGCUCCUUAACAAGGAGCUUAAGUACUUCUCUCAGGCUUUGGACAAGCCACCAAAUCCCUUCCUGGCCAUCUUGGGCGGAGCAAAGGUCGCCGACAAGAUCCAACUUAUUGAAAACUUGCUGGAUAAGGUUAAUGAAAUGAUCAUUGGUGGUGGCAUGGCCUUCACUUUCCUCAAGGUCCUCAAUAACAUGAAGAUUGGAGGCUCCCUGUUUGACGAGGAGGGCUCUAAGAUAGUCCAAAAUCUGGUGGCGAAAGCCAAAAAGAAUAAUGUCCAGCUGCACCUUCCCGUGGACUUUGUUUGUGGUGAUAAGUUUGCAGAGAACGCUGCUGUAAGCGAAGCCACCGUGGAGGAUGGUAUUCCCGACGGGCACAUGGGUCUGGAUGUGGGCCCCAAAACUCGGGAGCUCUUCGCAGCUCCCAUUGCCCGCGCGAAGCUGAUCGUGUGGAACGGACCACCUGGCGUUUUCGAGUUCCCAAACUUUGCCAAUGGUACAAAGUCGAUUAUGGACGGUGUGGUGGCGGCCACCAAGAACGGCACUGUUUCCAUCAUCGGCGGCGGUGAUACUGCCUCGUGCUGCGCCAAGUGGAACACGGAGGCUCUUGUCUCGCAUGUGUCUACUGGUGGCGGGGCGUCCCUGGAGCUUUUGGAGGGCAAGACACUGCCAGGCGUGGCCGCUCUGUCUAGCGCCUAAAAACCCAAAGACAAAUAUCUCUGGCUAUAUUAUUUGUAUAUUUUUAAGCACAAUACCACUAUGUAAAAGUUCAAGUUUAAUCUUUAAACUAUUUGUUGCAUAACCAUUACAUGUUUGAAUAUGCAUGUCAAAUAAAGGAAUUUUAGUUUA